GAGUCGCCUUAUAAUCCAUUGGAGGACUACCCCUUCCUGAAAGAACACAAUCGACCGCCUGGAGGCAUGGUGGUGGACAACGGGCAUUCAGUGGUCGUGUGCAAGGACUGUUACUCUUCUCUCAAAAACCAAUACAUAGAGUUGGAGAGAUGGGGAGUGCCGGUUGAGAAGAGGCAGUACAACUGGAUACAGCGCCCUCCGCCGCCAGAGUUCCAUCGGGACUCCUCUGCCACUGGCCCCAAGCCCGUCCAGGGGCAGAUCUCGGGUGCACAGCCUCAGUUGGCAGACCCUGGGGUAUCUAGCCCAGGCUCUCAUCCAGGGACUUCCCCUGGUGGCAUGUCCCAGCCGAGAGGGGGGGGCAGCCCCAGGGGCUCCCUUGGCCCUCCUCCGGGCUCUUCUAGUGCGGCAGAUGACAGUGUUGAAAGUCGGGUAACUUCAGGUAAGGUGAGUGAGGAACCAGCCUCAUCAGCCAGCAGCACCAUACCAAAGACGUCGACAGUGGUGACAGGGCCCGUUGCAACUGCUUCUGAUGCUUCUUGUGAUGGAACUAUCCCCUCCUGUUAUGCCCCCCUUCAGCUCAAAAUCGGUGUCGCCAGGCAGGGGGGCAAACCACCUCACGCCCUCACCCAGCGAAGCUCAGUGGCGGCCAGUGAAGGUGUCAACUCUGGCGAUGCCAACGCCCUCAGAUCCCCCCCAGUGGACCAACUCGCCCAUUGGAACCAGAAGCCCAAAAGGAACGGGGUCUGGGAGCGUCUCCCCCCCAUCAAAGCCUCAACCCACCACCAGCUUCUAGAGGAUCAGAAGAGUAGGCAAUCUGUCAUAAGAGGAUUCAGCAGCCCAGGAGCGCCCUCGGAGAGCGACUCCCGACCGCAGCUCUCGCCCCAUCACCCAAAGCAGCUUCUUUCACCACCACAUGAACUUCAGGCAAAAUGUUCAUGAAGACUAGGAUUGCCCAGCCAAGUCUUCCUUCGCUCUACCUCCAUGGGGGUUCAUACCAUUGACCGUAAUGCUUCUUUAUUAAAGAAAAUGUAUGCCUUAAUCAUUUUAUUAUUAUGAUGAUUUUAUUUAUUUUUUUAAUCUAGGUAGAGCCAUGUCUUGGCCUCGUCUUGCUUUAACUUGAGAAGUUAAGGUGUAAUAUAUAUAAGAUUUUUUUUAUUUUAUAUAUAACCUAUAUGUGCAGUCUAUAACGUGCUUGUCAUGCCAUUUGCAAAUACUGUAUUCCAUUUUUUUAUAUGGUAUUUGGUAUGAAUUUAGCCCAUAGGGGAAAUAUUAACAAAUGGACCAAAAUUUUCAUCUGUAUUCUUUUAGUCAGUAAAAUAGUUAAUUUUUUGUUUGUUAUGGUGUGAUGUUGAAUGAUAAAUGUUAAAAGAAGCAAACUAUUGAUAUUGAGGAACUUUAAGAUUAUGAAUACAUAUUUAUAAGAAAAAAAUACAUACCAGUAUAUAUUA